UCUUUUUUCCGGUCAAUUGCUAUUCUUCACGUUGCUACUAGUUUAGUUCUCAUCUAGUCGGUAAUAUAAAUAGUUAACAUUAAAAGUAGUGAAGAAAUUUAACCGUUUUUUUUAAAAGGAAGGUAUAGUUGUUCGAUGAAGAUAAAUACCGUCGAAUGAAAUACUCCUUUUUCUCUCUCAACAAAAUUAAAUAUAACACAAAAAAGUGGCGAACGUUUUUCAAUUGUUUCCUUUUGAUUUGAUUAAAUAAUCGACUUGCGUAUGUGUGUAAAUUUCAGUUGAAAAUCGUAAAAGUUUGCACCUUGAAAUUGAUUGUUUAGUGACAUUUAUGUAAUAACAUUGAAUGGUGCAACGGUUUGAAAUCGCUGCUGUACGAGGAUAUAUUUGACCAAAAAUAUAUCCACCCGCACGAAGAACCUUUCAUACACGGUGCACACAUAUACAAAACGGAAACACCACCCCGGCUUAAUCGAUACCUUCGUUGAAUUUUUCCUUUGCUUCCUUAUAUCAAGAGAAUUCUUUUUACGCGAAAUUAAUUUACGAACUUUUAUGUCAUUUAUGUGAAUUGUGUGCAGUUUUUUUGGAGAACAAUAACAACAACAAGAAACAUUGAAAAUAAUUUUGAUUUCUAGAAAAUUUUGCUGGUGUUCAAAAGCCGAAAAGUGUGUGACCCUUCCCAACAAAAAAAUUUGAAAAAAAAAAUCGAAUUAAUAUCGACCCAAACGACCAAAAGAACAGUCAAUCAAUCCUGAACCACUAAAAUCGAUUAUAUCACAAAAUAAUUAUAAAUCUCAGGACCGACCAGAAAGUACGGUUUAUAAGUGAGCUUUUUGAAUGAAAAGGUUAAACUCAUGAUUAUAUAAGAAUUUGUCGAAAGAGAAGAACACUGCAAAAUCGACUGUGGUAAUAAGCAAUUCAGCUCUAUGAUGCAAUACAAUUGAAUGACAUUGUAAUCGGUUAAUGAUACCAACGAACUCUGGUGGUUUCAUUUCAGCUGGAUGUCACAGUCAAUUCAAUGUGCAAAGCAAAAAGUUUUCAUAAAAAUAUUUUUUUUACGUAAGUUUUCCGCCGACAUUCUGUUCAAUAUAAAAAAGCACGUGAAUUGUGUUAUGCAAUAGUUUUAAUACUAUGAACUGAAACAUUUAGCUCUGUCGGAAAAGCGAUUUUUUUUGUGUUGUUUUGGUGUGUAUAUGUGCAUUUGGCGGUGUUUCAUCGAACCAACAACAUAUAAUACAAUAUUGUUGUGUAUAUGCGUGCGUGCUAAGAGGUAAAGUUACGCGAAAAAAAAAAUCAAAUCAAACCAGCAGUUCAAUUUAUUUCGAAUUUAGUUUCGAAUCAAUCAAUUUGGCGAGUUAAAUGCGAUUUGUGUUAAAUCUACGAUCAACAUACCUGCUGGGCACGUCUAUGUAAAUUUCAGUUUUUCACCAUUUGCUGUCAUUGGCGGUGACACAAAAAAUAAAACGGUUCAAAGACUGGUGCAUUCUCGGUUGUUUGGUGUUGAAAAAUCUAUAAGUCAAUUGUCUACACAUGGUUAAGAAAGCGACUAAGAGAAAAACGAGAUGGCGUACACUUUCCAUUGGCGAUGGAGGAGCGGACACUUCGGACACCGGCACAACAGAAAUCAAACAAGAGCAAAGCGAGUGUUUGACAUCCACAUCAAAUACAAGCCUCAGCACGUACAACAGAAAGUCUUCGUUACACACGACCCCAUUUCAUCAGCGUAAUGGUGAUCGAAACCACUACUAUAGGAAUAGCGAUAAGUAUCCAUCUCAGUCACAUACUCGUACGCAAUCCCAUGAAGAAAAUUUGCACCGAAACACAUCCUAUCCGUACAGACGACGACCAUUUUACCAAUCGUCGGCGUCUCGGUAUUAUGGCAACAUCAACAAUCGAAUUAAUCCCAGUACCAAUAAUCGAACAUACCGAUCACCUGAUACGCUCGAAAACAAGGAGAACAACACCACAAAGCCUUUAUUUAACGAAGACGAUUACACACGAAUAUCAACACCACGACAGGAUGUUUUAUUUAAGAAGGGAUACCUAUCGCGUCCAAAGAAGACAAUCACACCGACUGAAACGACCGUGUCGACAACAGUCAGUGUCGUAUCGACGGAAGACUCAGGCACCCAAUCACUUAGCCCCGAACAUUGCUCAUCGACGCCGGAAAUAUUCGAUCCCGAUCAACCGUUGAUGUAUCCCGGAUUUUAUGACGAGAAUGGAGUAUUCUUCUUUAGCCCGUUCAUGCCGAACGGAUUUGACCCAUAUGAUGAUCAAUUUAUUAUGAUGCCUUACGAUGGUUCGCCUUUUAGUAUUAAUCCAUCAGAGUAUUGUAACGGUGAUUCAACGGCGGCCAAACCCCAAAAACUUUAUCAAAAGCGAAAUUCAGUUGACUCCGAGAAUUCUCCGGAAUCGCCAAGCUCUCAGAAUGAAAGUGCUAGCAGUACCCCAGCAAUUGAUGAUACGAGCAAUGAACCAUCGCAAAAUGAUGAAACACCAACUGAAUCCCAAAGUGAAAGUGAUGGUCCGAAGGUGAUGGAAGGAGAGAUAACACCGAACGAGUGCAAUCACAACAUGCCCAUGCAAUUCUACUAUCCAUUUAUGUACGGACCUCCACCCUUUUCGCCCAUUGACGAAUACAAUGGCAACAUGGCACAAUAUGGCAAUUCUUAUGGCGUCAAGUACAACCGAUUCAAGAAGCGCAAGAGGAGACCAUUCAAGUAUGGAAACUCGACAGGUGUCAGUGCCACAACAACCGACUACUCUGAAGAUGAGGAUUCAAUCGAAGAAAAUAAUCACUUAGCUGGCUUAGCUGUCCAAUCGAACAACGUUGAGGGAAAUCCUGGUCUGACGAUUGCUCAGUGUGAUGAAAUUAUUUCUCGCACCAACUUGAACACAAACGUAUCCGAAUUUGUUCCACGGCAUUUGCAAUCGUCACCUCAAACAACACUGAACGUUGAAGUGGAAGAAUUUCAUCCUCGUAACUACACACCGAUUGAUCAACCGAAGCCCGCUGUUGACGCUCUCGAUGCUUCACCCAAUGACACAAUGACGAAGAAAAUGUCUUCUGAGUCAAGAAAGGUGACAAUCUUGCCACGAAACACCACUGAGACAACCACCCAUCAGCCGACGGCCAGCAAGACAAGCAAAGACGAUGCGAAGCAGUUAGAAGUCCAAGUUUCUCCAGCAAUUGAUAAAAGCAGCACGCUUAUUAGUAGUAUUAGUUCACGUGAUAAAACUGACGAUAAUGUCAACGGAGUUGAUAAUAAUAAGAAAAUUGAAACGCAAGUUGAUCCAGUAAAUAUUAAGGCUGAUUUAGAUGUUAAGGCUGUUAUGCAUCCAAAGCAACAAGAAAAUAUUUUAGAAAAUGUUAAAAAGACUAAGUUCAAAUCUACGAAAUCUAACAAAUCGAGUCCACGCAAACAAACAAACGGCGGACCGAAAAAGGACGGUAAAAUUGGUAAAAGCGCCAUCACAAACGGCAAACGUGAAAAUGUUCCAGUAGCGACGAACGAGCCACCGCUACCAGUGGAACCGAAGGCGAAUGAAGUCGAAGAUCGGAAAAUGAUCAUUGAGAAAUCGAACCAACCACCAACGUACGCACAAAUGCUGGGUCCGGUGCCUAAGCCGAAAACGAAUAUUGCAAAGAAGGAAGUGUUGGUGGGUCCCAUCCAGGAGAAUGUGAAGCCAGUUUCUGUUGGUGGAGAAUCAAAAAUGGUCGAAGUGGUCGAUGAAACGAAACCAGUUCCAAAAGUUGAAACGAUUUGGCAAACAGUUCGACCGAAAGGAAAGAAGAAACUGUUCUCGGCUUUGUGUGAAGAACCGAACGAUGAGUGGAACGACGUGGAAGAAGAGCAGCCGGUUCAAGUGAAGGAAAUUAAUAAAAUAACUGAAACGCCAGUUGACGAGCCGAUACCGAUCGUCGAUGAAACGAUGACGGAAUCAUCAUCCGUACCAGCCAAAGUCAAGCCACCGAAGACUGAAAAAGUUAAACUUAAAGUGAAACCGAAGAAAAGCCAAAAGAAAAUCAAAGAAAAAUCGAUUAAAUCGAAUGCAAUCGAAGCCACUCCACAACCGCAGAAUGGAACGUCGACUCCGAAGAGCGAUAAAAUGAGAUCGGAAUCUGUCAACCAGAUAAUGGACGAUCUGUUCGCUGACGGUGGACAUGAAUUCUUGGACGACAUAGACAUAUCAAAUUUCAGCUUCGAAACGAGUCCGACAAUGUUUUUGAACGCCAUUACCAACAGCGGCAUUUAUACGGACAAUUCACUGACCGGUAAAUCAGGUGCCGGAUUUUCGUUAAACAAUAGCCUGAAAUUGUUGAACUCGUUCGACUUUUGCAAGACAAAAGAGAACGUACUGUUGAAAGAGGAAGAGGAAAUGGUGAUCCGCGUGUUGCAGAGUUUAAACCAAACGGAUAGCCAAGUUGUUGAAGACGAUGUUAAGCGUCACGUUAAUGUUGUUGACGAUGUUAAGUCGAAUAAUAGUUGCGACGAUGUUGAAACUAUUUUCGAUGUUGUUAAUGGUCACAGUGGUGACGACGACGACGAUGAUAAUAGCGUUAAGAAGAUGGAAACUAUUGGUGCUGAAACAUUAGAUGUUGAAUGUGAAAUGAAUGGAAACGAAGACGCAUUGAACGAGGAUGCGAAAGAAAUGAAUGGACAUCGAAUUGAAGAAACUUCUGGUAACCAGGAGGAUGAAGUCGACGGUGAACAUCCAAGCGACACAAAUCCGGAAAUCGAACCAGUUACGAACGGAAAUCACUUAAAUGGUGAUGAGAACAGUGGGGACGAAAUGGAUGUCAACGAAUCUAAAGAAACGAACGGAUAUCAAAUUGAAGAUAUUGGCGAGGUCGACCUCAUGCUGGACAUAGGUCUAAUUGAGACAAAACCGACAGUUGAACCAAUUACCAACGGACAUCACUUGAAUGGCGACUUGGAAAACGGAGAGGAAAUCGAUGUCAGUGCUCAACCGAUACCCACUGAAAUUGGGAUGCCAAUUGACGAAAUAAAUGAUCUCGAUGUCACGAACGUUGCUGAUAAAAUUGAGACUGAACAGAUGGAGAUGGUCAAGCAAAUAUUGGUUGACGAAAACGAAGAUGGUGUCCGUGAGGACUGCAAUACGAAUAUUAAAUCCGAUGAUGAAACACAUAGCGAUUUGUCGGAACUGUCCGAUGAAAAUGAUGAAACGGUUGUGUCGCAAAGCAAUGACUUCGAAUACGAUGAAAUUGAGACCAUACGGGAAAUCGACGUAGCCGAAUUCGUUGAUGAUCUUCAAUUUGAUGAGGAUGCAGAUGGCUUUGCCGUUGGCAAUGAUGACGAAAUGAAUAUACGUAACGAAGAAAAAGGACUGAAACCACUAGAGGAUAUCAAGAUACAGGAAUCAUCCGGCGAUAAUGAGCCGUUACCGCCGCCAUCCUCACAGAAUAUUUUUAUCGAAAACGAAGCAGCUCUUUCGAACACAGAGAUUACAUUGAAUGACAUUGAGGACACUAAAAACCAGGAUCGCAUUCAAUCGCCCCGCAACAGCGAAGAUUCCGGUAUUUUAGAGUACCAAGACGACGGAAAAUAUUUCUCCGAAUCGGACAACGACAAAACGGAGCAAAUUUCCGUCCAAAAUUUCCCCCUAACCGAAGCCGUUUCUCGUUGGCUGGAAGAAAAGCAAAAGGAAAAGAGUCCAGAACCGGUCAUCCGUCUUCCCGACGAUCCACGGCUAUCGGAACGCAUCGAAAAAUCCAUAAUGAGUCGCCAGCAUAUAACCCAAUUCUACGACGAUUAUGAGGACGAAACGUCCGAGGAAUCGGAUACGGAAUUCGAACUACCGACGGCUUCAAAAAACUUGCUAAGCAACCCCUUACGUGUGCUAUUUCGUAAACGAAACGAUACCGCCAACCAUUCAUCGAAUGGGAUACGUAAGAGGGUUGCCAAAUUUAAUCCAGAGUCGGAUAAGUCAGCGCUAACGGUCGACGAGCCGGAUAUUUUAGAAUACUGGGAAAAUGAUCCCAUGCUACAAUCGCAAAAUGCAAAUGUACUUAAUAAUGCGCAAUGUGGCAGCAACAGCACCGAUACGGAUUUGGAUGCCUACGAGAGCGUUUACGGUAAAACCAUUGAUUAUGCAAAAUUAUCGGCCAAUAUUCACAAUGAUGAUCAUGUAUUCCUAAGCAAUAAUAUUCUUAAUAACGAUAAAUUAAGUAAAUUACCCAUUAAUCCGAUCAACAGCGAUAGCGAUAGUUCAUUGCCUCAUGCGAGUUCAAUUAGUGGUAAGAAUGAUACAAAUUCUAUUGAUAAAAAUCUAAAUUGUUUUAAGCCACCUGAAAUCUGUUGCAUGUUAAUGUAAGACUAGAGGUUGUUGCAAAAGAUUCUUCUUCUUUUUUUGUUUCAUCAUUUUCUUUCGUUCGUUUCAUAAUUUUUCUUUUCUUUUUUUUAUAAAUAUAGAAAAUCUAACUUUAAACAAAAACUUGCAAUAAAGUUUUAUUGUUAUGCUUUGCGAGAACUUAAAGGAAAAACUGAAAAUUUAUAACAACAACAAAACAGAAGAUAAAAUUUGAAUUAAAAUAUCUUAAUAUCGAUAUUAUUGUUAAAAUAUUUCGUAAAAUAAAUUGCAAAAAAUUAUAA